CAUAACAUCAAAAUGCACGGGCUUGUUGCAGCGAAUACGGUGGUGGCUGCAUCGGCUUGCUCGGUGUGGGAUGUCUACGGCACCCUUCAAGUCCUCACAAUUAUAAAUACAUUUCUGCCAAAUGUGCUUGGAACUGUAAAAGUGCUUGACGGUGAUGGACAUGUUGGCACACUUCUAAACGUUACAUUUCCACCAGGAACUCCUGGAGUUGGUUAUAUGAAGGAAAUGAUUACAAAGGUUGAUAAUAAGAAGCGUGUGAAAGAAACAGAAACCAUUGAAGCAGGAUUUAUAGCACUGGGCUUUAGUCGUUAUAUAACUCAAUAUAAAAUUAUUGAGAAAAAUUCUACAUCAAGUAUUAUAAUAUCAAAAAUAGAGUAUGAGCUUGAUGAUAAGUUAGCAAAUCUUACUUCUGUAGUAAAUACCGAACUAGUGGAAACACUUGCAGAAACAGUUGGAAAAUACCUGACUGAGAAGACACCUCCUCCUUAUUAGCAUCUGCAAAAGGAUAUUGAUAUUAUCAGAUUGAUAAUAAUAUUCAAAUAAAAAAAAUAUUUCUAGGCUUUGGCUAUUAUAUUGUAUUCUAUAAGUCUAUUCUAUAAGUGUUAUGUAUUUAGUUUAUAAUUUUCAUUUAUUGAAUUUACAAGCUUUUACGUUGAUGUGUUGUAUUAUAAUAAAAACUUAUAUUUGGGGUUAUCUGGACCUUGCUUUUCCUUUGUUUAGUUACCAACCUAACAGCAACAUAAAGAUUAUACUAAGCUUAGAGUAAAUUAGUAGUCCUAGUUUGU